AUGUAUUUUGCAGCUUAUGGAUCUGAGGAUGAAUUCAAAGUGGACAAGACUGACGAUGAGGAGCAUCUGCAGGAUGAUGGCCUUUCCCUCGAUGGGCAAGAUGCAGACUUUCUUUUCAAUGACGAAGAUGAUGCACAAGAUCAUUAUAGCUGCCAAAACUCUCCGUUUAGCAAUGGAACUAACCCCGACGCUGGGUACGCUUCUCCCGUCAGCACCACAAGUGAUCAUUUGGUGGACCUUAAGACCACCUCUUCUUCCUUCAGCGAUCAAGACAAAGUAGAGGAGAAGCUUGCAGAAAGUACUGAGACCAUUAAUGGCAUCUCACUACAAGACAGUCUGGCAAAAAUGAAAGCUGUCUAUGCAAACCUUAUCUCAGAUGCCUCCUGGUCCAGCAUCGCUCUGGACAUGCUGAAAAGUAAACAAGAGAACAAUAUCGCAGCUAGCAAAAGCAGCAGUAGCGAUCAUAAAGGGAGCAAUGGAUUCCUGAGCAGUCACAGCUCAAGCAACAUCCAUGUGAAGAGCAGAUGUAACAGUAACAACACCCCAGCCACCACUAAUACAACCACCAGCUGCACCACCGCUAGAAUGGUGUCCACUAACAGCACCAGUGGCAUCAGUGUAAGUUCUGGCAACACAGGAGGAUUAGGAUAUGACUGGCAUCAGGCAGCUUUGGCUAAAACGCUGCAGCAUACGCCGUAUCAGCUCCUUCCCGAACCCAGUCUUUUCAGCACUGUGCAGCUCUACCGACAAAACAAUAAACUUUAUGGCCCAGUAUUUACUGGUGCCAGCAAGUUUCGGUGUAAGGACUGUAGCGCAGCCUAUGACACUUUGGUCGGUCUUACUGUGCAUAUGAAUGAAACCGGCCACUACCGCGACGACAACAAGGAUUCAGAGGACGAUCGGAGCAAGAAGUGGUCCAAACCACGGAAGCGUUCUUUGCUAGAGAUGGAAGGAAAAGAAGAUGCACAGAAAGUUCUUAAAUGCAUGUAUUGCGGCCACUCCUUUGAGUCCUUGCAAGAUCUUAGUGUUCACAUGAUUAAAACUAAACAUUAUCAGAAAGUGCCUCUGAAAGAACCAAUGCCAGCACUUACCUCAAAGCUGGUACCCCCAACCAAAAAAAGAGCAUUUCAGGAGUUGAUGUCUCCAAGCUCACCGGAGUCUGUCUCAUCUGGCACACUCUUGGGAGAGUCUCCCAAAGACCAAAAAGUUGCAAAUCCUUAUGUCACUCCUAACAAUCGAUAUGGUUACCAAAAUGGUGCCAGUUACACAUGGCAAUUCGAGGCACGGAAGGCACAAAUUCUAAAAUGCAUGGAAUGUGGCAGUUCACAUGACACCUUGCAGCAACUUACAGCCCACAUGAUGGUCACAGGACACUUUUUGAAAGUCACAAAUUCAGCUUCUAAAAAGGGUAAGCAGUUAGUUUUUGAUCCUGUAAUUGAGGAGAAAAUUCAGUCCAUUCCAUUGCCUCCCACUACCACACGACUCCCUCAACCCAAUGGUAAGGCACAGCUUGACUCCCCUUUGCAGCCUUCCAGCCCUGAAGAGAAGCAUGAGGAAAAGAAAGAUGAGGAAAUAGUGGAAGAGAAAAUUGAUGUAAGUGAACCAGAGAAAAAAAUUAAAGAAGAAAAAGAUGACCCUUCAGAAAAACCAGAUAAACCUGCAAAGGCUAGAUCCUACCAGUAUCUAACAGAGGAAGACUUAGAAGAGGCUCCUAAAGGAGGCCUAGACAUCCUUAAAUCUUUGGAGAAUACAGUUUCAAGUGCGAUCAGCAAGGCCCAAACAGGAACGCCAACCUGGGGGGGAUACCCAAGCAUUCAUGCUGCCUAUCAGCUCCACGGAUCUUUGAAGUCAGCCAUGCCUUUGUCUGCACAGGUUCAGCCAUUGUUCAUCAGCAACAGCUUGAAGGCAGCGUCCUCUGAUAUAGCCUCUCUGAUCCAUUCACCAAACAGCCCCUCUUCAUCUCCAAGUCACAAGAGCAAUGUCCUGGCCAUGGAAGAGCUGGUGGAAAAAGUAACAGGAAGAAAUUCCAUAAAGAAGGAAAAAGAGGAAAAACAUGCAGAGAAUAAGGGUCGAUCUGGGAAGUCUCCAUUGCCAAAUUCUAAGGACAAGCAGGUUUCGCCCAAUCCGGAACACCUCUCAAAUGCAGUGAAAAUCUCAGCAGUCGAGGAUCAGGCUGAUCCAAGAGGUAAAGAAGGAGAACAGACGGAGACUAAAACAGAAAUAAAGAUAAAAACUGAGGCCGAGUCCCCAAACAAACCUGUAAGCAAUGGCUGCAAUAAUCUGAACAUCAUCACUGAUCACUCACCUGAACAGCCACUCGUCAGUCCUCUCAGUGCGUUGCAGUCUGUCAUGAACAACCACUUGGGGAAAGCUUCAAAAGCAGCCACCCCCUUUUUGGACCCAUUUACAAUGCUUUAUAAGAUGGGCAGCUCAGCUCCGACUAAACAAGCAGAGCCACUGAGUCAGUACCAAGACGAGGACAAUGAUCAGCCUAUGGACUUAACAAAAUCUAGAAACAGCCGUGACAGUGCAGCUGCAGGUACGCCUCCAACACCAAACAACACAAACAACGUAAAACCGACUUUUAAAACCUUUUCGGAGUCAUCAUCCCCACCUCUCAGAGAGAACGCUUUGAUGGAUAUUUCUGACAUGGUGAAGAACCUGACAGGGCGUUUGACGCCCAAGUCAACAACCCCCUCCUCUGUCUCUGAGAAAUCAGAUAUAGAUGGCUGUACUUUUGAGGACGGAAUAGAGGAGCUGUCCCCCAUACAAAGAAGGAAAGGCAGACAGUCGAACUGGAAUCCCCAGCACCUCCUGAUUCUCCAGGCCCAAUUUGCAUCAAGUCUACGAGAGACUCCAGAGGGGAAGUUUAUAAUAAGUGACCUGGGACCCCAAGAACGAGUUCACAUCUGUAAAUUUACUGGCCUCUCUAUGACCACUAUCUCACAUUGGCUGGCCAAUGUAAAGUACCAGUUAAAGCGGACAGGGGGCACAAAAUUCCUCAAAAAUAUAGACUCAGGCCAGCCUUUGUUUUUGUGCAGUGACUGUGCAUCCCAGUUCAGGACUCCCUCAUCCUACAUUCAUCAUUUGGAGUCCCACCUUGGGUUCACCCUAAAGGACCUUUCAAAGCUUUCCAUAGAUUUGUUGGAGCAGCAAGUGGUCACCAGAACAGAGGACAAGCCUUUCGGCUCUGGACUUACAGAGGAAGACACCGGCUCGCUCCAUCAGUGCAAAUUGUGUAAUCGGACAUUUGUCAGCAAACAUGCAAUCAAAUUGCACCUUUGUAAAACACAUGGGAAAUCACCUGAGGACCAUCUAGUUUUUGUGAAAGAGCUGGAAAAGUUGGAUAAACAAUGA